AUGAUAACAGAAUUAAAUUCUAAGCAAAGAGAUUUCCAAAAUAAGGCUGAAAAUAGUAUGGAAGAGGGAGAUAUAUGGGUCCCGCAGAUAAUUUUGAAAGUCGAACACCUUCCACAACAGCAGAAGACUCAGCUGAUGGAAGGUAAUGCUAAUAGGAUUUCGAGGAUGAUUCUGAUGAUUGCAGUGAAGAAAGUGAAGUCCUUACUUUUGCUUAUACUUAGCCUCGUAAGGAGAUGCUUUUGUUGUGUACGCAAGAGGAGGCACUCCGAUGCUCACCUUCCCAUUGCUGUCACGGGAGACGGAGAAUUGAAUUCAGCUCCCAGCCAGCCUGAUGAAGGACUUGGCGGCUGGGACUCCUGGGAUGUACCGUCGUCUGUAGUCAGUGAUGGUGGAGGCCGAUCUUCACUAUCACCUGAGCAAUCCUUGUUGCAACAGCAGAUCAACCAGUACCGCUUAAGCCAACAGAGAAAAAUACAGGAGACGGAGAUGCAAGAGGAGGAGGAGCCUAAUUAUUUCCAGGUAUGAUUUUUCUCUGUUUAG